AUGGCUUUAGCCCUCCAAAGACGAGCCAAUGUUCGCUUGCCACCAGAAGUCAACCGAAUACUGUAUGUCAGAAAUUUACCUUACAAAAUAUCAGCUGAAGAAAUGUAUGAUAUAUUUGGAAAAUAUGGAGCCAUUAGACAGAUUCGUGUAGGUAAUACUCCUGAAACGAGAGGAACAGCAUUUGUGGUGUAUGAAGAUAUAUUUGAUGCAAAAAAUGCAUGUGAUCAUUUGUCAGGCUUUAAUGUCUGCAAUAGGUAUUUAGUAGUGCUAUAUUACAGGUCUAACAAAGCAUUCAAAGGUAUGGAUAUUGAAAAGAAACAGGAAGAAAUAGAUGCAUUGAAAAAGAAAUAUGGAAUAUCAAGUGAGGAUCUUCGCAAAUAA